GGGAGUGCAUGUUCCAUGUAUGCAUGACCGCUCUCGAUUCCAAUUACAUGCACAUCCAACUCAUCCACGUCUCUCGCUAGCCUUAGUCUCUGUUGGAACAGCACCUCCGAGAAGGAAAAAUGUCUGUGACCAAGAGAAGUACCUAUCUUGACCGCGGUCUGUCGGACGAGUCAGACAACGACGCAGGAUACGAUUCCGAGGCGGCAGAAAUCUCCAAGGCUAGCAGAGCAACGAAGAGGCGUAGAAUAGACCACGACCACACAGAUGAUGAAGCAGAUGAGACGGAACAGCAGCGACCCUCGACGUCUCCAGUCCCUCGGCGCGAAGAGCCUGAAGAAGUCCGAGUUGAGCACAGUCGACCAAUAUCAGACGACCGCGCAUCUUCCACACAAACGGAGUCGCAUAAGAAGUCGAAGAGGAAAAAUGAAGAGAAGAAAGAAACAGCUCCUGGUGUCAUCUAUCUAUCCUCGCUUCCACCAUACCUCAAACCCUCGGCCCUGCGCAACCUGCUCGAGCAGCGUGGCUUCGGACCUAUCAAGCGGCUGUUCCUGGCCCCAGCCUCAAAACAUAAAUCCGCCUCCAAGAAGAAUUCUCGUCAGUUGUAUACUGAAGGCUGGAUAGAAUUCACCUCGAAGAAAACAGCCAGACGGUGUGCGGAGAGCCUGAACGCACAGCAGGUGGGCGGGAAAAAGGGGGGUUUCUACCAUGACGACGUGUGGAACAUGAAAUAUUUACGAGGCAUGCAGUGGGAGGAGUUGAUGGCCGGUAUACGUGAAGAGAAGAGAGAGGAAGAGGGCAAGCGGGACGAAGAGAGGAGGAUCAUCGCUCGCGAGACCAAGAGGUUCAUUGAGGGCGUGGAAGAAGGAAGGAGGAAGGAGGGCAUGAAGAGGAAGAGAGAGAAAAAGAAGAAUAGACAUGACGAUGUGGGCGAUGCUGCAGAUCCCGAUGUCAGGAGAACGUGGAGACAGAACGAAGUCAAGGGCCAACAUGAGAGGGACAAGGUCGGGGAGGAGAGGAUAAGUGACGACGUGAAGCAAGUGUUGGGCAAAAUAUUCUGACUGGGGCGUCGGUAUACUCAUCAGGCGACGCCAGCGAUGUCGCUUUGAAGAGAAUCAGCGCCUCCGCAGAGCAACUCACCGUUGUGGGAUCCCAGCGACUCUCUGGUCUCCUUUAUCAUCGUCCCCAGCAAAAAGCAUUCGCGUAGAAAGAUGUUUUUUAGGAAGCCUUGAU